UAAGAUUCAAUAUAGUAUAUAAUUUUUACUAACAAUAGAUGUCUCGACAAGUUUCAAGAACCCCGGAAGGAAAAAUUGUGGGUGAACUGUUCACCCUAACCUAUGGGGCUCUAGUCACCCAAUUGAUAAAGGAUUAUGAGAGAGAUGAUGAAGUUAAUAAACAGUUGGAUAAAAUUGGUUAUAAUAUAGGAAUUAGACUGAUUGAAGAUUUUCUUUCCAGGUCAACAGUUGGAAGAUGUUUUGAUUUUCGAGAAACUGCCGAUGUGAUGGCCAAAGUUGCUUUUAAGAUGUAUCUCAAUGUCACUCCAGUGGUCACGAACUGGUCACCCGGAGGUGAUGAAUUCUCUCUCAUUUUUGACAACAAUCCACUGGUUGAAUUUGUGGAAUUGCCAGAAAGUCACAGUGAACUAGAAUAUUCAAACAUUCUUUGUGGUGCAAUAAGAGGGGCACUGGAAAUGGUGCAAAUGGAAAUAGAAGCAAGUUUUGUACAAGAUGUUUUAAAAGGUGAUAACGUCACUGAACUUAAAAUAAAAUUUAUUAAGCGAUUGACUGAUGCAUUGCCAGCUGGGGAGGAAUGAUUUUUAUGGUUUAAAUGUAGUUUUACAUUUUGUUUAAAAUAUUUAAUAUUCUAUUACCGGUAAAUGUUGGAUGCAUCACACAAAAAAAAAUUCCAGAUGAAGGUUGAUUCCAUGUGUCAUCUGAUUGCAAAUGAAAUUAGUUUUUGCGAUGAAUCAAAAGGAUUGACUAUAUUUUUUGUGAACCAAAGCAAUUUCAAUGCAUAGUUAUUAAAGCAUGAUUUCAUGAUUAAAGAAAACCAAUAAACUUAUUGCUGUUAGUAAGGAUUAUUUGAGCAUGUUAUCACUGGGUUUAGUCAAUUAUGUAUAUUUAAUAAUAUUAUCUUUUUCAUGUAUUGUUUCAAAGAGGGUUUCUCCAAUUUGUUAUUGCCUAAUCUCUCAAUCAUGGAAUUCUUUACCCUUCAUUAUGCGAAGAUUUUGUUCAAUGUUUCCAGAAAAUAUGUCAAGUGAACUGUCAUAAUUGACGGAGGGAUUCUUAAAUUUUUAGGGGUAUCAAUUAUAGAAUAAUAUCAAAAUGGAUGACUUCUUUAUUCUGAUUUUGCAAUUCAAAUUGAUACAUUUUUAAUGAACUAUAGUAUCGUUUUUUCAAAUUUCUAGAUUAUUUUAGGUUAAUGAAAAUUACAAUAUAUUACCAGGAAAUCCCUACAUUGAUUCUUUGACUAAAAAACAUGAAAUCAUAGCACACAUGCUUUACUGCUGUUAUUGUUCCAAGUAUUGCUUGCUUCUCAAGUGGGAUUUUUCACUGCGUAGAGCCGUAGAAUAUCAGUGCAGUUGACAUUCAUAGUAAUAUAUUUCUUCAGCAUUUCAUUUUAUCUUUAGUGAAAUAGAAAAUUUCCAAUUUUGUCAUUGCAUGUAUAAUUUUUUAACAAAUUCCUUACACCAAUAGCUUAAUUUUAUUCGGAAAGUAUGCCAAAAUCGAUAUAAUUGUUGCCCAAGUCAAGUUUAUUUUAUCAAACAAGUAAAAAAUAAACAAACAAUAUUCAAAAAAGAGGUAAUUUUCACUUUUUUACUUUGGAAGGGAACCACCGGGAACCAAAUCUGGUUAUCUAGCAAAGACACCCAAAGUUCACUUCUAAUAUCUAGGUAAAAAGAUAAUUUAAUUAUAGCUUGAGUAUCUUUUUGUAUUUCGUCAUCACUAUCAACAAUUCAAUGAAUUAUUACGCAUUCCAUAUUAUAUUACAUAUAAAAGGCUAUUGCAGAAGACACAAUGUUUGAAUACAAUAAUGCAAUAUUGAAAGAAUGAAACGAGACAAUA